AUUGCUCUAGCUUUUCUCCGUGUGAGACGGACUGACGGUUACCGACCCAGAAGGAUCCGGUCCAUUCGGUUCACUUCAGUUACACCUUCUGCAGUAUAAAAACCGCAGGUCAUGAGUGAUGUGCAGGCUUGCUUGUGAGUGAGGUGAGAAGCAAACACAAUGAGAGGAGACUCCAUCAGCGAGGCACAGCAGGAUGAGCGGCAGCCUCUUCUUCCCCUUCUCCAUGCCACACCAACUCCUCAGGACUAUGAAUCAUAUACAUGCAAUGGAUCUGUUGAUAUCAGAGGCAAUCCAGCAUCUAAAAACGAUACAGGGAAAUGGAGAGCCUGCUACUCAAUUCUAGGUGGUGAAUUUUGUGGCGCACUGGCGUACUAUGGAGUUGGGACAAAUCUUGUGAGCUACCUGACCAAGGUGCAGCAGCAAAGCAACGUUGUUGCAGCUAGCAAUAUUGCUUCCUGGCAAGGCACCAGCUAUCUUACUCCCCUUCUUGGAGCAUUCUUGGCAGAUUCAUAUUGGGGAAGACACCGAACAAUCGUGAUUUCGCUGACGACAUUUACAAUUGGAAUGAUUUUACUCACGCUUUCUGCAAUUGUUCCAACAAGCACCAAUACAGUGGUGAUGCCCCUGCAGCACACCUUGCCUUUCCUGGGCCUAUUCCUGACUGCUCUGGGCUUAGGUGGCAUAUGGCCUUGUGUACCAACAUUUGGAGCUGAUCAGUUCGAUGAUACCGAUAGGGCAGAGAAGGCACAAAAAGAGAUCUACUACAACUGGUAUUACUUUGCUGUCAAUGGAGGUUUCUUCAUCGCGAGCACGGUCCUAGUGUGGAUUCAGGACAACUGGGGAUGGGGAUUGGGUUUCGGGAUCCCUACAUUGUUUUCAGUUAUUGGAAUUGUUGGAUUCCUUUCUAGUAUGAAACUGUACAGGUACCAGAGACCUGGAGGAAGCGCGCUUACUAGGAUUUGUCAGGUUCUGGUUGCAGCCACUCGCAAGAUCAAUGUGGAUGUGCCCAAUGGUAGCUCUUUACUAUAUGAAAUGCCGGGGAAGGAAUCAGCAAUUCUGGGGAGCAGGAAGCUGAUGCACACUGAUGGACAAAGGUUCUUUGAUCGAGCUGCCACCAUCACUUCCUCCGAUGAAAGGUUUCUUGACGCACCAAAUCCAUGGAAGCUUUGCACCGUGACCCAAGUGGAGGAGAUGAAGAUCUUGGCAAGAAUGAUGCCUGUCCUUCUUGCUGGCAUAAUCUUUAACACAGCAGAAGCAUUCUUCCCGCUGUUCAUUGAACAAGGAGAGGUCAUGGACAACCAGAUAGAUAAUUUCUCUAUACCCCCAGCCUCUGUGACAACCUUCAACUGCCUCUGCAUUCUCAUCUUGGCACCAGCGUACAACAAGGUUCUCAUGCCUAUGGUGAGCAAGAUCACUGGUACGAAGCGAGGACUGUCAGACCUGCAACGCAUCGGUGUCGGUAUGUUUUUCGCAAUGCUAUCAAUGGUAUCAGCUGCAAUAGUUGAGAUGGUGCGUCUUGACAUUGCAAUGAAGACAGGCCUAGUGCACCAGAGUGCUGCGGUUCCCAUGAAUAUCCUGUGGCAGGCACCACAAUACUUCUUAGUAGGUGUCGCAAAGGUGUUCAGCGUGGUCGGUUUCAUCGAAUUUGCAUAUGAGCAGUCACCAGAUGCCAUGAGAAGCUUGUGCCAGGCUUGCUCUCUCAUAAUGGUCACGCUUGGGAGCUACCUUGUUUCUGUUAUGUUAAUGUUUAUCAAUUCAAUAACAGAGGGAAGAGGGAGCCAUGGUUGGAUCCCAGUGAACCUGAAUGAAGGGCGUCUUGAUCAGUUAUUCUGGUUGAUGGCAGGAUUGCAGCUGCUGAACCUUCUUGCAUUUGCGUAUUGUGCCAUGAGGUACAAGCGCAAACUUGCUACAUAAGUUUCUUCUGCUAGUUUGGGUUUGCGAGCGCUUAAGUAAGGUUGCUGAAAUACUAUCUAUGUUAAGUUGUAACAUUUGUGCUACUUGAUAUAAGUACACUAGUAGAGA